AUCUAAUGGAAUUUAUCUCUUCUGUCAGUUUACUGCUUCAAGUCAACUGAAUUUAGAUUUACAAAUUACAAUUACAUACGAAAUCUCAAUACUUUCGCUGAGAAAUUUUGUUCAAUUUUUCAACUCAACGGCCUUUUCUCAUGAAAAACUCUUCGCAUUUAGCUAGUCUUUUCUUCCUCUUGAUUAUAGCUUUUGUGCACGAAUCGUGCAGCUCAGCAAUUAUCAAUCCAUCCAAAGCCAAGCAAAUUUCAUGGAAACCUAGAGCUUUUGUAUAUGAGGGUUUUCUUACGGAUGAAGAAUGCAAUCAUGUGAUAUCUCUCGCGAAAUCGGAGCUGAAGAGAUCGGCUGUGGCAGAUAAUGAGUCUGGAAAAAGUAAGCACAGUGAGGUUAGGACGAGCUCCGGAAUGUUCAUUUCCAAAUCUAAGGAUCCUAUUGUCUCAGGGAUAGAGGAUAAGAUAGCAACUUGGACCUUUCUACCCAAAGAGAAUGGAGAAGAAAUACAAGUACUACGAUACGAGGAGGGGCAGAAAUAUGAGCCACACUAUGAUUACUUUGUAGACAAGGUUAAUAUUGCUCGAGGUGGACACCGCGUGGCCACUGUACUUAUGUAUCUCACAGAUGUUAAAGAGGGAGGUGAGACUGUCUUCCCUAAAGCAGAGGAAUCUCCUCGCCGUAGGUCAAUGGCAGCAGAUGACAGCUUGUCUGAAUGUGCAAGGAAGGGCAUAUCAGUGAAACCACGGAAAGGUGAUGCCCUGCUUUUCUAUAGUCUUCAUCCAAAUGCCACUCCUGAUCCCAUUAGUCUCCAUGGUGGGUGCCCUGUCAUUCAAGGUGAGAAAUGGUCAGCAACAAAGUGGAUUCAUGUGGAUUCCUUUGACAAAAUUGUUUCCGAUGGAAAUUGCACCGAUGCUGAUGAGAAUUGUGAGAGAUGGGCUGCUCUUGGGGAAUGCACCAAGAAUCCAGAGUACAUGCUGGGAAGUGCAGGCCUUCCAGGAUAUUGUCGGAAGAGUUGCAAAGCUUGUUAACUCAUUAUGCUUCUCUCUCCCACUAAAUGAACUUAGAGACAGUGCCAGUACUUUGGUUUAGUUGUUUGUAUUGUAUCUUCCAAGCUGUUUUGUCCAUCUUUUUGGUUAUAUUCUUCAUUUGUGUUAACCGAAUAUUCAAGUUUUGUAUGUUUUCUGUUUUUCCUUCUUGGCUAAUGAACGUUUGUGCAUCACAUUGCGUACUAGAAGAUUGGGGUUACGGUAUUUUUU